AGGAAUAAUCAAAUGGACGGAGGGCGAUGUGGAGCAAGAAAGAAAGAAAGAAAGAAGAUGAAGAAAAGUCGGAGUUCCUUGCCAUCGACGCAUCUUAAAACCUCUUCUGCUCUGGAAUUUUUGAGCGGAUAAGAACAAGCGCAACCUUCUUUCUCCUUCUUGUCUCCUACUCUCUUCCUCCUCUCUUCUCCCGCUUCCCAUCGACUCGUCAAUCCCGCAGUUGACUCGGUGCGAAGAUGCGAUUUUUAUAGCACCUGGCGAGAGAGAUUUCAGGAUUGGGGCAAUCAUGCAGGACGGCGGCGGCGGCGGCAAAGGCGGAGGACUGGAGGGAAAGGAGGGCCGGUGGCCGGCGUGGCUACGGCCGCUUCUGGCGACGAGCUUCUUCGUUCAAUGCAAGCACCACGCCGACUCCCACAAGAGCGAGUGCAACAUGUACUGCCUCGAUUGCAUGGACGGCGCCUUCUGCUCCGGUUGCCUCGCCCAGCACCGUGAGCAUCGGGCUAUCCAGAUAAGGAGGUCUUCGUACCAUGAUGUGAUUAGGGUUUCCGAGAUCCAAAAGGUGCUGGACAUCGCCGGCGUGCAGACUUACAUCAUCAACAGCGCUCGCGUCGUCUUCCUCAACGAGCGCCCGCAGCCGCGGCCUGGCAAGGGCGUCACCAACACCUGCGAGGUCUGCGACCGGAGCCUUCUCGAUUCCUUCCGCUUCUGCUCCCUCGGCUGCAAGAUCGCCGGCACCGCCUCGGACUACUCCCGAAACAGGAGGAAGACGAAAAAGAAUCAGAAGAAGAAGAUGCUGAAGCUGAAGAAGAAUCCAUCGGCGGACGCCUACUCAGACUCGGAGGAGUCUGACACGAGCAGCAGUCGCGGCAGCGACAAGAGCAAUGUGACGCAGAGCUUCUCGCCGUCGACUCCGCCGCCCACCGCCGCCAGUUUCCGCAGCGCCAAGAGGAGAAAAGGCAUUCCCCACCGAUCUCCACUUGGAAGCUUCAUAGUGGAGUAUUUCUAAGCCGCCAUAUUGUUCCAUACAGUAGCAGUUAAAAUAACACCGUAUUCUCUCAAUAAACGCAGAACACCGGAGAAGGAGAAGAAGCAAUCUGGUGAGUAAAAUUAGCGGAUAAAUGUAGCUGUAAAUGUAAUCUAUCAGUAUCAUAAAGGUUUGAGAUUGAGAUUAUAUGGAACAAAAAGUAGGGAGUUUUGGGAUAGUGGAUAGGUUGUAGAAUGCGAUAACUGCACUGUAAAUAUCCGAGUAAUCUCAAGUUUCAGCCAUGGAAGUUGCAGAGAGAGAGAGAGAAAUAAAGUGCUGCUGUUUUUCAUUUGUC